UGGCCGCGCCGCGCCACACUCGCGCGGCGGCAUCGCCUCAUCACGGACGUUUCGUGCCGUUCGUCAACGAAACAUUCGAAAAGUUUCACAACUUUUCAGUACGCGCCCCCGGAGACUCUUUUACAAUAAAAAAGUCAGUGCGGUGAUAUAAAAGUGCGCCAAGUUGAUGUGUUUGUGAAGUGAAUUUGUUGUUUUGCGACCGUUUUACCGUUUCUAUUGAACGUUACUGUUUUGUUGGAUAAAAAAGCGCGUAAGCAGAGAUCGCGAUCUUCGAGAGGGCCGUAUAUGGCAUAAGUUGAAUCUUGGGUCUGGCGUCGGUCGGUGAAAGUAGACCUUUGUUAGGUUCAUAAGGACACGGCGCUUGCAACUGGCUCGGAGCGACGCGUUUCGCCUGCAGUUUACGAGACGGUAAUUAAGUGGUGGUGCCACCGGUCACCAUGGCAACCGGCGUGGAAACAAACCCCAGAGUCUAGCGAGCGUGCAGGCGGAUGUCGGGCGGCGGCGGCGGCGCGGGGCUCAUGUCGUGUGUGCGCGAGGGCUCGCUCGAGCCGCCCUACCGACCGCCGCACACCGACACACACAACCAUGGCGAGGGUCGCACGGGCCGGUUCCUGCGCGGACUCCGGCGCAUGUUCAAGAGGCGCGGCAGCGGGACUCGUACCGACGCCUCACCAGACCUGAAGAGCAGUUCUACCAGCGAGCUGCUUGAUGCCGACCGCCAUGCUAGGAGGAAGGAGGGUGCGUACGGCAGCGGGCUGUCCGUGUCGCACGACUCUGUGUUCACGGGCGAGCGGUCCGGCGACGAGUCCAGCGACGAGCGGCCCACGCCGGCCCACACGCUGGCCCACGUCGCCACCUCGCAUCGGGCGGAGCUAGUGGCGGCGGUGAGACGGCGCGGUCGUGGAGACGGCAGUGAUGAUGAUGAGGACCUGGGCUUGCCGCGCAGCCCGCCUGCAUCGCCGCCCACUGAUAAGGGUGAUAAGCGGCAACUGGCGGGUAUAUCGCAGUCGUCAUGCAGCGACGGCUCGCUGCUCAGCGUGGGCUCCUCGGAGAUGGACGAGGACAGCAGCAGCGGCCACCACCACUCGCACGAACACUCCGCCAGGAGCGACCAGUUCGACUUCUACAACACGACGGAGCCGCCGAGCGGCGUGGCGCCACUGUCGCACUCCGCCGCCAAACACAAGAUGGCGGUGCGGCCGCGACGCACGCACGGCGCGCCCAGGCGGAAGAAAAACAACCCUAUUGCCGCAUCAGCCUUGCCGAUAACGCCCGAACUGAACGAAGAAAUGAUACGAAGCACUACUCCUGAAGUCACCCACAAAACCUCAGAAGUUGUUACUGAAUCAUUCUCUUCAUCGACCACUACGAAGCAUCAUAUGAUCGUGAAGGAGCAGCAUCAGCAAGUGAACAAAGAACUGCAGAGAGUCAUGGAGACGCCGAGCGACGCUAAACUCAAGUCCUCGUCGUUGCCUCCAGGGCUAGCCCUCAGCCAGCUGGUCGGCCAGUCGCCAGCCAAGCUGACCGUUGUCGAAGCCAAUACUCCUCGAUCCUCUAUCAAACGGAGCCAGUCCAGCUCCCAGGGAACAGCUCUACGGGACAGCUCCCCCAAAAUCGAAAUCCACACUUACCAUUCAGAGGAGAGGAUGCUGCAGUGCCGCAGCGAUAAGAAAUACGCUGAAGAAUCUUGCCUAGAGAAGAAAUCCAAGUCGGAGAAGAAAACCGAAAACGAAAACAUACGGUCUUCGAAAAAAGAAGAGUCAUUUUUCAGUAGAUUACUGUUGAGGAAAAGUGGGAAGAAAUCAAAGAAGGACCAAGUUGAUGGAGACAAUCAGGUGGAAGUGAAGAAAUCGAAAACUGACAAACCAUCAGCGCAAUACAAGAGCGUGGAUUCAGAGAGAGUGUUCGAAGGGCAAGGGUACAAGCCGGUGCCGGCUGAGCGAACCCACAAAUCUGCCGGACAGAAGGCGUUCGCCAAUCAGAUGCACAAACGCAUGGACAAUAAAGGCGCGUACGUCCAGGAUGCUGCGUACAAGGACAUUUACAGCGCGGCCAAAGUACCCGGCGUUGAAUACAAUAUCACUGAUCUCAAAUUGGCUGACGAAACCGACAAAAUCUUGAACCUAGGGAUGAAAAGCCGCAUCAGCAGGCGGGAAGAGUUCUCCGAGAUGAGCGAAUGGAGCAAACGCACCUCGUCCAGAGAAAUGAUCGACGAGAAAAAGGAAUCUUUCAAUCUUCACCACGACAAAUCGAAACGACCGACCUCGGUUCAGAGAUUGGUCGAUCCUCUCUCGUCAAAAGCAUUUAUUAACAACGAGGUGGCGAACAGAGCUCAAGAGGAGAUGAUGCCGCCCUCUUUAAUGAUCUCAGAAGAAGAGCCCCCGAUUAGAGCGAUGCGCAUCAAAAACACUGCUUCAGACUUCAUGUUUAAUAACAGUGUGCCGAAAAAUUUGCCGUACUUUAACAGUGGCAUGAUGUCUUCCUCACCGCCGAAGCCCAGACACCAAAGCUCAGAGAACAUAAAACAACGAUCGUCGGAACAUGUUUCAGAAUUCUCCGAAAGAAGAGUAGAAUGUAAACAGGAAUCUAUCCGUCACGCGUCGAAAACCGAGGAAUCCUAUGUGACUUCAGCGCUCAGGUCUCUCGGAGACGAGUAUGUUGAAACCAGGAGUAGCAUUGGGAAGUCGCAUAGCUUCCGUUACGCGUCCGAAACAACGUCGAUAAGCUCUCAGGAGAAUCAGAUGCCAAGUUUACCGGCUAUAGUCGGUAUAUCCGAGCCAUUGCUUGAAAGCUGGGAAGUAAAUUACAGAAGGAAUGUAAGCGAAAGGCAGGAUUUAUCUAAGAGAAUUUCCGCCAGGAAUUAUAUACUGCAAAGCAGUGCUGAGGCAAACUAUGACAGUCUACCGAGCACUGAUAGCAGUUACAUGGACAGUCUGAAGACAGAUGUUAAUGAUGACAGAAAACUGUUCACCAACAGCAUUCAUAUUACCAUGGACAGCAAACGGGACAGUGAUAUUUCUCAGAUAGAAGCUAAGAUUGAUGAUAUUAUUAGCUCCCCUAAGCCUAUUAUUCCCCCAAUACUCAAAUCUAGUUCAUUAGAUAGCAUUAAAAGUAGCCCAGAGAAACCAGUCGAUGACCGACGUAAAACUAUUUCUGUAGAGAGUACUUUGAGUCACAGUGAUAAAACUCAAAAAGAGAUGAAGCCAGAAUCAGAAACAUUUAUAUCUGUCACUCAUAUCAAUAAAGAACAAACUCCAGUCAAAACUGUAGAUACUGGAAAAGUGAACAAGGUUGAUGAGAAAGCACCAAAGUCUGGAGCCAAGCUCGGUGUGCCAGAAUUUCUAAAUAUUCAACUGAAUAAAGUUGAUGCAAAACCCACUACAAAUAUUGUACUGACUGCAAAUAUAACGCCAAAGAAAAACGAUAGUCCGCAAAUUGAAAAGGAGCAAGAAAGUUUUCCAAUUCCUGAAAUUAAAACACAAAACGUUCCUGUAAGGAAGGACUCUUUUGUGAACAAACAAAUUGAAAACGUAGUCGAUAAUACUCUAGUAGACGAUAAAGCUUCUCCUGUAGUAACUAGGAAGUCAGUAGUACCAUCGUUCGUUCCGCAGAGUCCUUCCACACCGAAAGCCUUUUUUAAAAGAAAAGCUGGUAGUGUAGAGCUACCCGACAAAUCAGAAAAGACACGAACUAACUCCUUGAGCACAGAAGGAAGCACAGAAAAAAUUUAUGAUAAUAUAUCCAUUGAUCAAAAGUCCCAUUCUAGCUUCGGAAGUAAGAGUUCAAUACAAAGUAUGGAUAGCAACGAUAACAGGAACGACAAGCAGGAAGAAGGCGUCGUUUACCGCAAGAAACCCGUGAUAUUGUCAAAAGAAUUAAGAAACGAAAAGAAAAAUGAUGACGAACCAGAACUAAUGAAAGUUUUUGCUCGUAGAUCACUCAAAAUUAAGGAUUCCGAAGCUGACAGCAUCGCUCAAGAGAUAGCGAAGACUAAAGAAGAAAUGAACGACAGCGCCAAGACAAAAAUACUCAAGAAUGAAUUUAACGCUUCAAUAAAAUCUCGUGAUAGUGAUAAAGAAAACGAGGACAUAGUUAAAGAAGAAGAGAAGAGAUUAGUCAACAUAGCAGCACGGGUGAGUCAGUUCGGAGCGCCGCAUUACCAGAGAAGUGUCAGUAUAAACAGUGUUAGCACCAAACGUGACAGCGCUCCCGUCUACAGAAGCGAAGUACACAAAUACAAAAAGGAGGUCUCAGACUCCACUCCAGAAAAAAGACUAAGAAACAGGACGUUCCCUGAUUCAUCCAAUGAUAGGGAGGACUUAAAAAAUAUAGCAAAAAGUGAAGCGAUGGCAUACAAAGCCGACACUUUGACCAAAAGACCUUGGCAGAGGAACGAAGAGAAAUUCCGUUUGUCGAUGGACAAGGAGAGGUGCGAUAGUGCUGUGAUAGAAAAAGACGGGAAUAAGGAGAAGGAAGAAGGUGUGAAAGAAAAGGAUGGUGCCGAAGGCGAGGCCGAUGCAUCACCGCAGUUCAAAGGGAUCCUGCAGAUGCGGGCCGAGUGGGAGAGGCGAGCGAAACAGGGCAUGACCAAAUAAACAUGGUGCUAGAUACAAGGAUAUCGAAGAUAAACUUGGUGUACACGUGGGACUUAGAUAUACUAUAUUAUAGACAUGUAACUAGCUUAGACUAAACAUAGCAGAUAUAUGUUAUGUUGAAAUUAUAUAAAAUAUUGAUUUUACGUAUCGUUGGUAAGACAAUUGUAUUUUGCGUGUUAUUGCAAUGGCUAUAGCAUAUAGUUAUAUUUUAUUAAAAGGACACUAAUCCGUAUUGAACAUUAUGAUAUUGUGAAAUAGAAAUUUUAUUCCCAUAGUU